CCUUCAGGACUAAAGCGAUGUGACGGCGUCAGUGUGAAUCCAUCAGAGGGACGUGACGAGCUCCUGUCAAUCCUCAGGUUGUCAUCAUGGCGGACUGGUCCCAGCUGGCCUCCUUGUUGGACAAGGUCCAGUCGCACUCCACGGUGGUGGGGAAGGUGUGGCUGAGCGUUCUCUUCCUCUUCAGGGUCUUCAUCCUGGCUACAGGCGUGGAUUCCAUUUGGGGUGAUGAACAGGAAAAGAUGGACUGUAACACCAAGUCUCCUGGCUGCAGGAACGCCUGCUAUGACAAGACCUUCCCCAUGUCCCACACACGUUUCUGGGUCCUCCAAAUCCUGACCGUGUCCACGCCGACACUUAUCUAUCUCGGCCACAUCCUGCUUGUGAUCCGCAGAGAAAACAAACUGAGAAAACGCCUGGAGCAGAAAACCGAGCUGAUGGGGAUGAUCAAACUUCCAAAAUAUUCAGACCAGCUUGGCAACGUGCAGCUGAAGGGCUCCCUGCUGGUCAGUUAUGUGGUGCAGGUGCUCUUCAAGAUUCUUCUGGAGGUGGCCUUCAUUGUGGGUCAGUACUACCUCUACGGCUUCAUCCUCAUGCCACUGAAGAUCACGUACGGGGGUUACCCCUGCAGGUUCCCCAUCGAGUGCUUCAUAACCCGGCCAACUGAGAAAAGCAUCUUCAUCGUGUUCAUGCUGGCAGUGGCUGGCAUCUCUGUGCUCCUCAACAUUGUGGAGCUGUUCCACCUAAUGACGAUGAAACUCAAAGGAAGGAGGAGGAACAGUGGAUCUGCUGCCUGGAGACAGAACCACCUCAAUGAAGCAACAGAGCAAGUCAUGGUUUGCUGACGAAUGAAGCGUCACUAUGAACCCUGCUUAAAACAGUCAAUCACUAAAGUCCUUAUAAAUCAUUAAUGUAAAAGUAACCGUGCGCGUCAAAAGAAACAACGAAAGAUUUUCAGAAACAAAGUGGUUAUUGAUACAGUAUCCAAACCGCUGUGCGAUCACAGACGUCAGAGGACAAACCGCUGUGCGAUCACAGAUGUCAGAGGACAAACCGCUGUGCGAUCACAGAUGUCAGAGGACAAACCGCGGUGCGAUCACAGACGUCAGAGGACAAACCGCGGUGCGAUCACAGACGUCAGAGGACAAACCGCUGUGCGAUCACAGACGUCAGAGGACAAACCGCGGUGCGAUCACAGACGUCAGAGGACAAACCGCG